UUGCACGAAAUGCAGCGAGUGGCGCUACUUGUUGCGGUGUUGACCGCAGUGAGUGUGCUGCACGGAGUUCCCCAACCAGCGUUGGCGUCGCGCAGGGCUGCCAACCAGUUCCCAGACGACUUCUACUUCGGUGCUUCCACUGCCGCCUACCAGACCGAGGGCGCCUGGGACGCAGAUGGCAAGGGCGUCAGCAUCUGGGACCACAUGCUGCACUCCCAGCCAAACCUGACCGCCGACGGCCAGAACGGCGACGUGGCGGCCGACUCCUACCACCGCUUCAGGGACGACGUGCAAGCGCUGGUCGGACUCAACGCGAACGUGUACCGCUUCUCGCUGAGCUGGCCGCGCAUCCUGCCCACCGGGGACACCGACAAUGUCAACCAGGCGGGGAUCGACCACUACAAUGACGUCAUCGACGAACUGCUGGCCAACGGCAUCCAACCCAUGGUGACGCUGUACCACUGGGACCUCCCCCAGGAACUGCAGAAGCUGGGCGGCUGGCCCAACAUCGUCAUCGCCGACUACUUCGUCGAGUACGCGCGAAUCGCCUUCGAGAACUUCGGAGACAGGGUGAAGCUGUGGCUGACGCUCAACGAGCCGGACAUCUUCUCCCUCGGCUACUCGACCGCCGCGGCGUUCGCGCCCGGCGCCAACUCGUCCGGCAUCGCCGACUACCUCAUGGCCAGGACCAUCCUGCUGGCGCACGCGCGCGUCUACAGACUCUACGACGAGCAGUUCCGUGAGGCGCAACAAGGUAGGGUGGGCAUCACUUUGGAAUGCAACUGGUACGAGCCUCUGACCAACAGCACGGAGGACGCCGACGCUUCUGAACGUCAGCUCCAGUUCCAGCUGGGAAUGUACGCGCAGCCCAUAUUUUCGUCCAGCGGCGACUUUCCGGAGGUGGUCAAGCAGCGGGUGGCGGCCAACAGCGAGGCAGAGGGCCGCACGAGGUCCCGCCUGCCAGCACUCUCCCAGGAGGAGAUAGACUACGUCAAGGGUACCGCUGAUUUCUUUGGGCUUAACCACUAUUCAACAUCGCUGAUAACAUCAGGACUACAAGGCUCAAUCCCAUCCAAGGAAUACGACACGGCCGUCGUCACAUCGCCCAUCGAAGGCUACCCGACAGGCGAAGGAAUGACGGAUGUACCGUGGGGCCUGCGCAAGCUUCUCCGCUGGGUCCACGGCCAGUACCCCGACUACCAGAUCUUCAUCACCGAGAACGGCUUCGCUGACCCCCCUGGCGUUCUCAACGACACGGGCCGCAUCCAUUACCACACGGGUUACCUCUCCGCCGUUCUACGAGCCAUCAACGAGGACGAAAUACCGGUGAUCGGCUACAGCGCCUGGGCCCUGAUCGAUACUCUAGAGUGGAUGGAUGGAUAUACGAAGAAGUUCGGCCUGUACGCCGUGGACUUUGACGACCCAGAGCGGCCGAGGACGGCGAAGGCGUCGGUGUCGGUGCUGGGGCAGAUCUACCAGAGCAAGGAGGUGCCGCUGCAGGACUUCGAGGACGCGGACACGACGCCCCCGCUGCUCUGAGGCGGGCCGCGGGCGCAACACUCUGCUUCUUCUGACAAAACUAG